AUGAAUUGUGGUGGCCACGUCGAGUUUGUAUUCCAUUAUCGCAUCACCGAGUUUAUGAGACUGAUAGUGGAUAACCUUGAUCUGAUUGAUGCAAAGCAGACUGUAGCCGAGUGGAUGAUGAAAAAAAUUAGCGGGCGUGUCUGUCCAUCUGUCGUACGCUUUUCUAUUGAUGAAGAAGACGAAGUGGAAAUCAACAGUAUAACUCUUCCUUUCCUUCACGUGAGUGGCAGUUAG